CUUACAUAGAGCAGUGUCUUAAAGCAUUUAGUCUUGCGUGCCCAUCACUUAUUCAUUAUUGCACGUGUAGUGAGAACUGGAACACUGCACAGCUGUUAACGUUUAUCCUCACCAUCUAAGGACAACACAGAUAUGCCCUUUAUCCACACAGAGGAAGCAGUUUCUCUUCCACAGCAGGACCUUCUGCAUUUUUUGGACUUGAAAUGGGAAAUCCCUUCUGAAUACCAUUUCACCAUGUAGAGGCGAGUAAAGCAAGACGGGAAACAAAUAAAUCAGCACAUCACCACAGAGAAAAACACAGCAACGCAUCGACCGGCUUCGGCUUUAAGUCGACAGAAUGCUGAUGAACUCCACAAACCACACAGAGGAUGACGUCUUCUCCUGCUACAGUCCUUCAGUCGUGGGCUACCGUUACUUUGCAGUGGUGUGGGGAUGUGCUGUGACCUUCACUGGCACGGUGGGGAACCUGAUGACCAUUCUGGCCUUCGCCUUAGACCCACGUCUGAGGACUCGCUUCAAUGUGCUUAUCGUCAACUUGGCUGCAGCUGAUCUCCUGUACUGCACCAUCCUGCAGCCCAUCUCAGUUGACUCCUAUCUACACCUCCGAUGGCGCAGUGGUCAACUGUGGUGCAGCAUCUUUGGCCUGCUCCUCUUCCUCUCCAACUCUGUCUCCAUCAUCACCCUCUGCCUGGUGGCGGUGGGCAGAUAUCUCCUGGUUGCAAAGAGAGCUGUGUUUGAACGUGUCUUCUCUGACCGUGGUCUUAUUAUACUCCUGAUCUCAGCGUGGGCACUAGGCCUGGGCAGCUUUGCCCCACUCUGGUCUGUUUACGUGUUCGUGCCACAGGUGUGCACAUGCAGCUUCGAUCGCAUCAGGGGUCGCCCUUACACUACCAUCCUGCUCUUUUUCUACUUUUUCAUCGGUCUGGGAUGUGUUGGUGUAUUCUACCUCCUCAUUUACAGACGUGUCCGGAUUGCCUCACAAGCUCUGCUGCGCUACAGGUUCAGCCGCCGGUCCUCCAGGAAGAAACCAGCUUCUUCAGCCCAAGGGACCGACGACAGUGGUGUCAACACGUGUAGCUGUGAGAUCAGCAGCCAGGCGGAUCUUACCCAAAAUACAGAAGUGAUCACCAGUGAAAGAUCUUCCCAAUCUACCCAGGACCCUGUCUCAAAUUCAUCAGCAGAUGUCGCCCCUACAAAACCACCUUCAUCCACACCUGCUCCCACACCUGCAGGGCCCUCAUCUCACCCAUCAGCAACUUCAGGAGAUGAUGGUGAAUUUAAGCGUGUGACACGAAUGUGCUUCACCGUGUUUCUGUGUUUUGUGUUCUGUUUCGUCCCCUUCCUGUUGCUCAACAUAGCCGACAAGAAAAACCGUGCCCCGCAGGUGCUGCACAUGUUCAGCGCAAACCUCACCUGGCUCAACAGCUGCAUCAACCCCGUGCUCUACGCCGUCAUGAACCGACAGUUUCGACAGGCCUAUCACGUGCUGCUCACCAGAGCUGCUGCACCAUUCACCAGCCUCUGCACCAGGCUGGGAAAUAAUAACUGAGUAUGAUAUUAUUUGACAAGACAAACUGCAUUUGUCCAUGCUUAAGCCUGCUGUUGUUUGUCUGUUGAUGUGUGUACAAGAUUUAGUUAUGUGUUCAUGUUAUGUUAUGUAAUAAAGUCUAUUUUUCUAAUAAAUAAUCAACAGUUAUUUCACAAUUUUGAGCAACAAUUUGCAUACACGUUUUCAAGCUGUUACUUCAUACGAGAUGAAAUCAGUGUUGCCUUAUUUCAGCAAUUCGGGGAAUUUACAACCAACCUUUGUCCCAACUCUGGAUUGCUUCAUACAUGCUGAUAGCACAUGAUCACAAGUACACGUGGCUUUUAGUUUUACAUGUGGGUGUGAGUGUGCAUGUUUGAGAUGUGUCCCUCCAUUGAUUUAUCGAGCAUAGUAACAAAGGCAAAUAAUCACGUCACAAGCAGACAAACCCUUGAAGUUGUUAAGCUUAUUAUACACUCAUAAAGUGUUGGAUGAAAACAGUAACACACUUCUUUUCUUAGGCUGACACAUGGUGUUGUUUUCACAGACAUGGACCCCCCUCACAGCAGCACUAUCUUGGGUGUGUGUGGCACUAAAAUCUUAACGGCCGACCCUCAGGAUUUAAGUCAGGACUAAAGUUCAUCCAGCGUCAACUUUGACCUUUUUACGUGCUGCUGACAAGAUUACAGCUCUCUGCACUUCAUGGCAGGAAAAUAAAAACAAAACAUUUUGCAAGCAAUGACAUUUUUAUGUGCUCUGUUUCUUCCCAGGCUGUGAGUUCAUGUAUCACAAGUAGAGGGCAUAAGAGGCACCAGAAUAAAGGCCACGUUGUCGCCUAAAUUACUUUAUCCUCACACCAUGACUGUUUUAGGACAUGCAUGAGUGCCAAGUGAGGUUGGCGAGGGGUUAAAGGUGCUAACCAUGAGCCACGACCUCCCUGGUCUGUGUCCGUCCAUAACUAAGCACAACUGUAAAUGGCCUGGACAGAGACAUUUGUUGCUGCAACUCAGCUUGUCAUGCACAGACAGAGCAAAGCUUUUAGUAGUAUUUUUUUUAACGUGAUUAAUUUAUGAUGUGUGCCAUUAUUUGUAAAGGUAUUCUGGUAUAAACUUAACUUUUGGGCAGACAUAGUGAAAAUAAAAAUAAAAGACUUGGUUAAGGGUUAGUCCGCCUUUCAUUGGCUAGCUGAUUGCUUUCUGAAAGCUGCUGCCUGCUGCUGGUUAAAGAGGAUUAAUAAAAGUUUAGUAAUGUGCAGUGAAUGAAGUUAGAACUACUGUAAAAGUUAUUAAAGAAAGUAGAAUACUGUAGAGCUGCAGGAUUUGGUUUUAUUUAAAUUGUGUUUUUAGUUUUAACACACAAGUUUGAUUCAUUCGGAGCUGCAGUCUGAAACAUCAUCAUCAAUAAAGCUACUGUGAACACACGGACAUUUAUUUCCCUUUUAUUGACGAAAACAUUUAAUUUUUGUUUUUGUUUAAAUGAGAAGGUUAAUAUAAAAGCAUAUAACUUAGAGGAAGGAAAUGCAGCACAAUGUUUCAGUAGUCUACCACAAAGCUGCAGGUGGAAACAUAAAGAUCACAAUAACUCAACAACAAACAUUAAAACAAUAAAGUAUGUGCAGUCUCAAACUCUAAACCACUUCAACUAUCAGUUCAACAUCAUUAUCUUAAAUCAACAACAUCGCAAAAUACAGAAGAGUUUAUGAUAGUUGUGGGGGUCAAUUACAUGUACCUGGGACACAAAUGAAGUAAACAUGAGUCCAGCCAAUUCAAUUAUCUCACUUUUGUGUCUUCAAAUAGUCUGAUUCGUUUCUGACAAUAGUGCAACAUAAUAAAGGGUAUUAUUAAAAAGUCAGAAUACAAUUAUUUGAAUUACAAUCAAGCAUGAACAUGCUGACUGCAAAAGCUAUUCUUAAACAUCGUCAGGAUUAGCAGAGGCAGCUGUCGAGUUAAAA